AUGAAUGCGACCGACGGGAAUAAAACCACAGUGUUGUUUGACAUUACACAUCAAUGUCUUGAUUGCUUUGAACGUGUGACCGCAAGUCACGACACUAUACUCCUCACGCGAUCUCUCGAGCCAGGAGACACCACGACGACGGCAGGGAGGCAGGGACGAACAACAUUUAACUUCUUGGGCCUGAAAACCAGUUUCUCAUUCUGGAUUGACUAUAGUGGAGCUCUGUCACUGAUGGAAUCGUCGUUGGAUCAAAGCCUACGGGGCCGUACCGACAUUUCUACAAUGGUCGCCGAAUUGUUGGAGAUGAUUCUAAGGAAUCUGCAUCGUGUCGAGUCCAAAACCGAGAGUAAUAUGAUCUUCCCGAACGAUGCACCCACGCCAGCACAGCAGGUCUUUCUGUCAAGAUGGGACCAUGCGUGUCGGGGAAUUGACGCUGCACUUGACCGGCUACAUACAAUAGCUAUUGCCAUUAGAAAGGCUUCUGCGAAACAACUCGACCACUCGGUCACAACCAUACUGACUGAGGAGGAUAUGGCUUUUCGUAAGGACAUUGCCUCACUGGUCCGGUACAGAUUCCCUGCCGCCCGUAAGGGACUAUGUCGGCAAUUGGGAGAUUGCAUAGCUGCCAGACGUCGAAUAUUAUUGCAAAAUAAACAACAUUCGAGGCGGCUCGCUAUAAGGCGGCCGCAUCAACUCGCGCCCCUCGGCAACAAAGACAAAGACAAUCACCCGAACCCCGCACAACCCGUCAUACAACGAGUCAAGGGCGGAAAAGUAUCACAUCCGACAAAUAUUACAGGCUUCACAAAAGCUUCUUUACCAGAUCCUCGUGCACCCUCACUCGAGCGACUUCACUCGCCGCCCAAAAAGGCUCUUACAACACUCGUAAGCAAUAUUUUCACCGAAGAACAAGACUCAUUCGUUUAUCCGCCUCCUCCCAAGGUGAAUCCCGGAGAGACUCACGCUCGAUGCCAAUUCUGCUUCAUGGCGUUGGAGGUUAAAAGCUCUGAAGAAGAUAACAUGAAUCGCUGGAGACGCCAUGUCGAUCAGGACGUUAAACCCUAUGCUUGUCUUUUUCCGGAUUGUUCCGAAUCUCUUAUCUUCUUCGUGCAUCGCCGCGACUGGGAGUCGCACAUGGAAGCAGCCCAUUCAAAGGAUUGGUUGCGAAAGGUCCACACUAUGACCUGGUUCUGUGAUUUUGGCCAUGACCCUCCUGUCACAUUUGAGACCGAAUUACUGUGGAGAGAACAUAUGCUAGAUAUUAAGUCUCACCCAAAUCGAAAGAAGCUACCAACCCAAGCCCAGCUUGACGCCCGUUCUCCUCAGCAGCAACAAAUUGCACCACGCGAACCAUUUGUAUGUCCUCUUUGUGAACGAGUUCCGGAUGAGCUCUCGCAAAAAGUCGCAAAAGGCAAGGGAGAGCCGAUUGCAAUGCACAAUAUUCUUGUGUCUCAUGUAGCGAGCCAUAUCAAAUCACUAUCUCUAAUGGCUCUACCAUCUCUAGAGGUUUCUGCCCAGGAGAUAAGGGACAUCGACAACGACUCCGGUCGGGAGCACAUGGAGACUGCUUCCUUGCCUCCCGUAUCAUGGUCUUUCUGGGAUCGUGAAAGUAUUGCGUCUCUAUUGGCAAACGACCAAACUAUGUCCUGGGAUGACGACUUCCCCGACUAUUCACAGCCAGAAGCCCCAAAAGAUUCAGCCGAUGAUGAUUGGCUCGAAGAAUAUGCUUCGUGGAAGAGUGAGCACGACCCUGCAUUACAUGAAUAUCCAGAGAACGAUCUAGUCCUCAGUGAUUUCAGAAAAUGGCAGAAAACCGACUUUGACGUUAAUUCACAAGACGGAGCAAGUCGGACAGAGUUGUCGUUUGCUGCACAGUUUGGGGACGUUGACACAACCAAGCGACUGCUAGCCAUGGGUGUAGACAUCGAGUUAGCGGACGAAGAUGGUCAGACUCCAUUACUAUGGGCAGCAUACAAUGGCCACGAAGCGAUUGUCCGGUUACUCCUGGAAAAUGGUGCACGGAUUGAAGUAGCUGACCAGGUCUAUGGCCGUACAUCGUUAUCAUGGGCCGCUUCAAAGGGACACCAAAAUGUGGUACGCAUACUUCUUGACAGUGGAGCAGACGUAAAUGCUGCUGACAACUCACAACGAACACCACUCUCUUGGGCAGCCUCCAGAGGUCAUGUGCAUACAGUACGGCACCUAUUAGAGGCUGGUGCAGACAAUGAAUUAGCAGACUCGAGGUCAGGGCGGACUCCACUCUCAUGGGCUGUAUUGAAAGACCAGGAAGCGGUCGUGGUGCUUCUUCUUGGCCAAAAUGUUCGGGUCGACGCACGAGAUAAAUCACACCGGACACCGCUUUCGUGUGCUGCAGAACGAGGCUAUGAAAAUAUUGUUGAACUACUCGUUGAAUGUGGUGCCGAUAUAGAGGCUGUGGAGUCUGACUCACAACAGACACCGCUUUCAUUGGCGUCCGAAGGAGGACAUGAGAGGGUGGUGCGGCUGUUAUUGAGGCAUGGAGCAAAUGUGGAAGCGGCUGACUCUCAAGGUUGGACAGCUUUGUCUUGGUCUAUCGAUCAGGGGCAUGAUGGAAUUACACGAUUGCUGAGACGUUCUGGUGCCCGAACUCCCGAUACUUCCUAA